AUGGUUUGCAAAGACCUUUUGUGGGGUCGCAUUCAACACCGCUCUACUUACACUAGUAGUUAUAUAAACAACGAAAGCGACGAAGAGGAAGAAUCAGAAGAUAGUUCGAGCGAAGAUGAGUUGGAAGGAAAGGAAUUAGAUCAGUUACGACAAAGCGCUUCUUCCGCUAAUGAACCGUUAUCUUCGGCCAAGUCAUUUUCGGAACUGGGUCUGAGUUCCUGGCUCAUUCAACAACUCAGUACUAUGCGUAUCAUGAAACCCACACCAGUACAGGCAUGCGCCAACUGUAUACCUCAAGUACUGAAAGGACAGGACGUGCUUGGUUGUGCAAAGACAGGAACUGGGAAAACUCUUGCUUUUGUCCUUCCUAUUCUCAACGAAGUGGGAAUCUUUAAAUGUUUGUGCAUUAAGUUGGCCGUCGAUCCUUAUGGGAUUUUUGCUCUUGUCUUAACGCCCACUCGUGAGCUGGCUUCUCAGAUAUACGAUCAGUUUGUUGCACUUGGGAAACCAAUCGCUCUCAAG